AUGGAUGUCAGUCGCAAGAAGAAAGCUGGUCAUAAAAGUAGUAGCACCUCACUCGCCAAUCGAGACCGCAAUCGUGACCGAGAUCAACAACGCACAGCCGUCGCGGUCCACCAGCCUCGAGUCAUGCUCGAAACGGCCGGUCUCAAGUGGCCUCGACACAUUAACGUUCCUCGGAAACAUGCGGAUAACGCGAAGCUGUUCCAGAAUCUCCUUGACCGAUUUCCGGAUUCACAUUUGGCCCGAGGCAAGGAAGUUUUUGAAAAUCUAUGUCCGCCAGACUUUGGUCUCUCUGCGGCCAUCCGAACAGCCGCACUCGGUCUUCGCUCCGUUACCUGGACCACCAUCACAACUGGCCCUCGACGCCUCGACACCGCCGCUGUACUACCUUCAUUCAACCGUCACAACAUCCGGAACAAAAUGGCUCCAACGCAGCAUGGAGGUGGACAGGUCUCAUCUAAACGGCAGCUUGCCUUGAGCUGGCGCGAGGACGAAAUCAUUUCCGUCUUUGAGCAGACACCCGAAAUCAAAGCGAACGGCUAUGCUGUGACGGGGUUCGAUUUCCCCCCAAAAGACCCUGUCGCUGAUGUCAAGUUCCGCUACCCCCCAGAGCGAAUGGCAGAGGUGAAGAAGCACGAUUACGAGCAGCAGGGUUGGGAAUCCCGGAAGGGGACAAUCAUCGAUAGUAUUGCGAGGGCCAUCAGACCCCUAACAUCGAUACAAGCAUCCCCAGGGCAAAAGCCCGGCCCCGUUGGUGGCGGUCGCAUUCAGCACUCCCUUUUUAAGAAAGAUACUUCCUUUCACGAGUACUCAUCAGUCGACGAGCUUGAGAGGCACCUGAACAGCAAAGGUCUUUCACCUAUCAGUGCAACUCGCUCCUAG